AGAUCCAUUGAGAAAGCGGAAGGAUACACGGCGGAGUUCACACGACAAACGCAGACUCGAGCGUGUUUAUGGUUCCAAAUGCUAUGAGAUAAGUCUUCGAGACCAGCACGCGCUGCAUUCGUUAUUUUAUAAACCGCAAAUUUUAAAGUAGCAAUUUUAAUGGAAUAGAUAUUUAUUUACCACAUGAAAAGCCUGUAUGAGAUUUUGUUUAUAGGUGAAGAUGAUGGACUGUGAUGAUCAGAAGUUUGAUGGUUUGCGUGACUCACCAGAGACGAAUGUAAAGAAGGAGAAGCCAAAACUGCUUGAAGUUGUCAAAACUUUUGUCAAUCUGAUGGAGAUCAAAAAGGAAAGCGACACUUCAGCAGUCGAGAUCAUUGCUGUUCCAAUUCCUCUUUCUAACUGUAAACCCGUCAAACACAACACAGAAAAGCAGGAAUUCUCUCAGUCUUCAGGUUCAUCUCUGGGUUUCACUGUCAAUGGCAGAGCCGUCAGCAUGCCCUCUGGAGGUGCAGAGCUGAAGCUGUGCUCUCAUCCUGGAGGAUCAGCCAGUGGAUUCACCUCCAUCCAGAUGCCGGUCACUCUGACCGUCCACAGCCCUGCAGGGACGCACGUCUUCAACACCACCGCCUCCUUAACUUCUUCUGCCCCCUCCUCGAGUAAUUCGGCUCCUGCUGAGCCCUCGCCUAAGCCCGACGCCAUUCCUAUCAUCACAGGUGUGGUGUCAGGUGAAGCAGCUCAGAAGGUUCUAAAUGACCACAAUGUGAACUUCACCAGUAGUGUUUCCAGCCCUCCUCAGAGCGUACCCCCAACGUUCGAGAAGAAAAAAGGGCUCAGCAGCAAACCGGCGGCCAACAAACAACUACGAAAAGGUGAGGUUGGACCUGUCGCCCCUCCCAAGUGUAAUACCUGCGGGACUCAGUACAAACUCGUAACAGAAUUGAGAGGAUUCAUGUGUUUGUGCAGUCCUUCCAUCGCUCUGAGCCUGAAGAACAUGAGGCGCAGCAUCAAUCAGAAAAGGAGGAACAAAAACAAGAACCGGACUCCGAAAAACAACAGAGACCCUCAGAGCUCCAACAAGAGCUUCUCGAUUUGGUCGGAACCUCCAGCCGUUAAAGAUACCACCCCACCUCAGAAGCCUCACAAAACUUCUGAUGAUUAUAUCUAUGAGGACUUCCCCAGCCCUUCCUCUCCUUUGGCGGCGUCCUCCUCGCAGCUAGAGAAUCUCUCCCAGACCACCACAGAGAUCCCCAAGGCCAAAAUGGUGAUCCUGUUGGAAGAUUUUUAUUAUGGAAAGGAUCCUGGACGAAGUGCAAGCCAAGCUAACCUCACAAGUGGAAGGUCAUGUGGACCUUUCACCUGCAUCGUCUGCUCCGAGUCCCUCCUGAACAACAUCAAGUUGAUGCAGCACAUGAAGCAGCACAUGUUCUUGAUGUCUAAGGAGAACGAGGAGGAUGAACCGUUGCCCUCCUGCUCUCUCUGUUAUCGAAACUUCCCGUCUCCGUUUAAGCUGCAGUGCCACAUAGAAGCGGCUCACAGCCACUUGAAGACCACAGCGUUGUGUAAAAUAUGUGAGCUGGAGUUUGAGAGUGAACCGGCCUUCAUGUGGCACAUGAAAACCACACACAAACCCGGAGAGAUGCCGUACAUCUGCCAGGUGUGUGACUUCAGGUCGUCCUUCUACUCCGACGUCUGGUCUCACUUCCAGGACACGCACGCUAACACCAAGCAUCUGCUGUGCCAGUUCUGCCUGAGAGUUCUGCGCAGCAACAUCUGCUUCCAGCAGCACUUUGCUCGCCACCAGAGGAAACACAAGCUGAGCUGCGACAAGUGUCGUCUCCACUUCCUCUACGUCAAAGAACGUGUCGAACACGGCGCGCUGUGUCACAAAACACACAUCAAACCCCGUCAGCUCUGCGGGCUCAAGCCUGGAACUAAGGUGACUGUACGGACGUACGCUAUGGUUGGUGGACCAAGAAAUCAAAGCGGUUUAAAAAAGAUCGUCCCAUGCAAGGUUGUAAAUGUUUCCCCGCUGCAUCCCAUUCAGGAAGCCCCCAAGAGGAAAACGGUAGAAAGUUUGGGACCUCUGCUGUCAGGACUGAACACAGACAGGGCGUCUCCUCCGUCUCUGUCCUGCAUCGAGUGUCUCGCCUCCGUUCCAGAUUUCCAGCUUCACUUUCCAUCCGUGGUCCACUGCUCCCUCUGCAGAUUCGUCACCUGUUGCUCCGCCUCCUACGCCAACCACAUGAUCAACAAUCACACCACCAGCAGGAGAGCCCCAAAGUUCCCAGCCAUCUUCCAGCCAGAACCGAGGUUGUCGGAGGAAUUAAAAUGCGGCUCGUGCUCGUUCUCCACCUUCAAAGGGGACGUCAUAGCAAACCACCUGAGUGAGAAUCCGUCUCACGGAUUUGCAAAAAUCGGAAACGAAGUUUCAGAUCGGACUGAAGAAGAACCUGAAAAGAUCAAUUUUGACAGUACUCCCUUCAGCACCAUACUGUCUCCCACCGGAGAGGGAACGUUUGUCCCGAUCCAGCUCGCCCCCUCCAUUGAAGCCUCCACCCAGCUGACCAUCAAGCUCCUCAACACCAAGUCCAAACCCACUUUCACUCCAGCCAUGACCGUCAAGAUCAUGGCGUCUCAGCCGGAGCUGGAAAAGGAAAAGAGUGAUGCGGAGCAGAAACCCCCCAAACAGGGUAACAAAGAGACGGAGGAACAGCCGUUGAUCCCGACACUGACCAUCCACAAGCUCUCCGUCAUCCUGUCUUCAAUGUGUCACGGCGUCGCUCAGGCCUCCCGCCGCUUCCAGACGCCCGCCACCACGAUCCGCUCCUGGAUCGCUUACCAGCAGCGCGGGCUGAACCAGAGAAAGUGGCGCUGGAAAACGGACAAGAUGGCGGAGUGGGUGCUGAACCGGAGGGAGCAGCAGCUGACGGUGGGCGAGGACGUCCUGCUGCUGACCGCCAGAGCCACGCUGGGAGGGAGCUGCAAGCUGGAGGAGUAUUACAACUGGACGGUGGACGUCAUGCUGAGGCACGACCUCGGCCUUCAGACCACCAACAACCACAAGCUGCACAACAUCGAGCUCAGCAGCCACAUCUUCCUGAAGAGCCUGUUCUCACAGAUCCAGAAUCGCGGCGUUCCUCCUCACUGCUUGGGCUGCAUGGACGAGCUCCCAGUCUUCAUCAACAUGGACCAAUUCUCCAACCAAAACCCUUUGGCCUUCCAGCUGUUCAACUCUCAUCAGGAGAAGCCCACCAUCGACAUCCUGCUCUCCGCUCUAUCCGACGGCAGCUUUUUGCCCCCCCUGCUGUUCUUCACGGGAACUGCACUGCAGGUUCCUGAGGGGUUUCCGGACAACGUUCUGCUGGAGUCUCGACAGCAAGAAUUCACUGAGAACGAGCGCUUGGAGCUCUGGAUCCAGAAGGUGUGGUGUCCCAACGUGGCGUUCAAAUACGACCAGAUGUCCAUCCUGAUGAUGGACGUCCACCGCGGUCACCUGACCAGCUCGUUCCGGGGAAGUCUGUCCUCCUGCAAAACCCAGGCGGCCUUCAUCCCUGCAGGAUGCAGCUGCCGCCUGCAGCCGCUCGACGUCUGCGUGACUCAAGUCCUGCGAGAUCAACUGCUGUCCCGAUGGAACCAGCUCGUCUCAGAAGGAGGUCUGGACGGUCUGGGACUGGACCAGCUGGUUCUGACGCUGGCCUGUUGGCUCAGUGAGGUGUCCUUCACGCUGACCUCAAGGAAACACUUUCUGUUCAGAUCCUUCAACUUGACCUGCAGUCUGGACAACUCUGAGACUCCGGGGGAGGCGGCCCGGAUGAUCACCGCUCUGACCAAUUCUCUGAACCUGCCUACCGAGAGCGUAAAGGCGGAACCGAGAGCGAAACGUCGGAAGGUGAUGGACGAGGAGAAGAAGCCACGAGAAGAAGAGGCUCCUGAAAGAAACGAGGAGGAAGAGGAGCAGGAGGAGGAGUUUCUCAUCCAAAGCCCCUCCCAUCUGAAGCAGGUGUUUGAAGGUGACAGUGAUGAGGAGUCGUUUCUUGGUUUCCCAGACUGCUGAGUCGUCAUCGAGCUUCUCCUGGACCUGGGGAGCCUGUCAGACACUAAGAUGAACUUCCAAAAGACUCUAAAUGAAGCUGCUAAUUUCAUGAAUUCAUUUCAGCGAACAUAAACCGAAGUUAUGUUCAGAAUUCCAAUUUAAAUGGAUGUUCUUCACACAAGAAGUGACUGCAGAUAUAAACUGAGUGAACAGUUCCAGUUUUCAAUGUACAGCCUAUUUUUGUGAACCAUGAGGUGUUUUGUAGCAAAUUAAAAAAAACAUGAUUUAA